UCUUUUUAAUAAUGGAAAACAGAAUUGAAGUUAGAAAAGCUGCAUUAGAAAAAAUAUCAGAACGCCUGUUACAGGAAUUUGAUGAAUCUGAACCUGAAAAUAUUCCUUAUUUCAUAGUUGAUUUUCUAUGUAAAAACUAUGGAGAUUACCUCUGUGGUUUCGCUAAGAUUUGGAAUGGAGAAUUUGACUUUGAACAAGAAAGACUUGCAGUGAUAGAUUUCUUCAGAUCACAAUUAAUUAAUAUGCAGGUUACUGCUGAUUUCAUUUCUGCUGGAUAUGAUACGCUUGAGUCAUUAUGUACAGUAACCCCAGAUGAUUUAGCAAACAUUGAGAAGUUUUCUGAGUCUUCGUGGUUACCUGGUCACAAAAUCAGACUUCAACAAAUUUUUUCAGAUAUUGUUUCAAGGGUACAGCAGUGGCGAGAUGAAAGAGAACGUGCACUUCAGAAACCAUGUCAGCAUCAGUGUACAACUCGAAUGGUGAACAUGUCAGGCACUACACCCAAAUUACCUGUGCUAACAGGAAACCCAAGCACAUCAUAUUGUAUGAGUUCUCUAUCCCAGAGUAUACCACGCUAUUGAGUGUUCUCACUUGAAAAUCUAUUUAAAUAACUCAUAAUUACAUCCCUAUAUUUGCUGAUGAGGAUAUUUACUUUGAGCUAUAUUAACUUUGCUUGUACU